CCCACACAACUAUAUAACACACCCAUCUCUUUCAAUCUCCAAACCAAAAUCCAAGAAAAUCAUUACUCCUUACAAGUUGCAAGUAUUUCAGCAACCCCAUUUAACAAAUUUUAAGAACAGAUAUCCCAGUAAUUUUUUCCAGCCACAAGAAAAAAGAAUAUAAUGGGUGAAUGGUUAUUAAUGCCCUUUCAAAUUUCUUGCAAAAUUGAGCUAUGGAGGCUCUCUAAAGAAAGUAUUAGGCAUAAAAAUGGUUUCUUUAACCUUAUAGAGGCUACAAUAGAAUUUACAGAGAAACAAUGAGUGUUCAAUCUGAUUUUCAAGAAAAGGUAUCUGCUUGUUUCAGACCUUGGCAACGUUCUUUCCAGUUUUGGGUUCGUGCAGUAGAUAUAUAUACUGGUUAUAAGGUGUUUCAAUUAAGAGUUGGCUUUGAAAAGAAUGUGCAAAAACAAGAAGCAAUGUGGGAGAGGCAGCAUGAGGUUGCAGCUGAGAAGAUAUAUAAUAUGUGCUCUGACCUUGGUGGGUUCUUCCUAAAGGUUGCUCAACUAAUUGGGAAGCCAGACUUGGCCCCUGCUGCAUGGGUGAGAAGGUUAGUUACUCUAUGUGAUCAAGCGCCUGCUACACCGUACAAUGUGAUCAGGGCUGUGCUGGAGAAGGAAUUGGAUCAGAAUCUUGAUGAAUUGUUUGAAAGUUUCGAUGUCGAUCCUCUCGGUUCUGCUUCUAUUGCACAGGUUCAUAGAGCGAGACUCAAAGGUGACAAAAAAGAUGUUGUUGUCAAGGUGCAACACCCUGGGGUCCAAGAGCUGAUGAUGACCGAUAUCCACAACUUGCAAGCUUUUGCACUAUACUUGCAGAAGAUAGAUAUCAAAUUCGAUAUAUACUCUUUGACAAAGGAAAUUGAGAAACAGAUCGGAUAUGAAUUCAACUUUUUGAGAGAGGCUGAUGCAAUGAAUAGAAUUCGGCGUUUUCUCUACGAAAAUAACAAAAAGUCCCCAGUUAUGGUUCCACAGGUGAUUCGAGAUAUUGUUACAAGGAGGGUCCUAGUGAUGGAAUAUAUUGAUGGAACCCCAAUUCUGAAGCUGGGAGAUGAAAUGGCAAAGAGAGGAAUCAGUCCAGAUGGUAAAAUUGCAGCAGUAGCAAGGCAGAACAUUCUUAAAAGUUUGUCCCUAGCUUAUGGACAAAUGAUACUCAGGAGUGGUUUCUUUCAUGCAGAUCCUCAUCCAGGGAAUAUUCUAAUCUGCAAAGGUUCUGAGGUUGCAUUGCUGGACUAUGGACAAGUUAAGGAUCUUCCCGAAAAUCUCAGGCUUGGAUAUGCUAAUCUUAUUCUUGCUAUUGCUGAUGGCGAUGCUAGGGCCAGAGAAAGUUUUAAGGAGCUUGGCAUAGACACCCUAAGCAAAUGUGAGGAUGAGCAGAAAGAAAUGCUUAAAUUGGCACGAGGGAUGUUUGACACAAAAUUACCACCUGGUGUAAAGAUGCUGCAACCUUUCUCAGAAGAAUCUUCAGUCAAAAAAAUUGCAGUUGAGGCUUUUCCAGAAGAACUUUUCUCUAUUCUUCGAACUCUGCAAAUACUGAGAGGGCUUAGUGUUGGUUUGGGAAUAAGUCAUUCAUGUGCUGAACAGUGGAGACCUAUUGCUGAGGAAGCUUUGUACAAUGCUGGCAGAUUGACAGAUAUAGAUAUGAAGCGAUCACGUAGACAUAGAACUAGAAGAAAGUCCGGAAAAUAACAGCUAGCUAGUCAAGAGGAGCAAAGUAUGAACGAAAUUGGAGAUAGUCAUGUUGCUAAUUUUUUGGAGAAAGCUUUUCACUCAGUGGUUUGCAUUUGUAGCAAAGCUUUUCAAGGACAAGUGCAAUUGAUACCACAAAAACACUACAUUCUUUGUAUUGUUUUCUCUUCCUGUGGCCUUAGAACAAUUUCUGUACAACAUGGCCUGUAAUCAAUUGAUAAUUGGCAAAACAGGUAAAAAGAGAUGCAUUUUGAUCAUGUCA